AUGGGUACUGCUGCCUCCAGCUCCAGCUUGGAGAAGAGUUACAAGUUAAGAUGUCAGGAGGCCAUGUUUCAGCCCUCUUUCUUUGGAAUGGAAUCUGCAGGCAUCCACGAGUCCACCUACAAUUCCAUCAUGAAAUGCGACGUGGACAUCCGUAUACGCCAACACAGUGUGUUGUCUGGUGGCUCCACCAUGUUCCCAGGAAUCGCGAAGAAAACGCAGAAAGAAAUCACUUCUCUGGCUCCUUCCACAAUGAGAGAUGGAGAUCGUUGCUUCGUCCCGGAGGGUAGAUACUCUGUUUGGAUCGGAGGAUCGAUCUUGACCUCGCUAUCGACCUUCCAACAGGUGUGGAUAUAUGAUGAAUCUGAUCCUUUAUUGGUCCGGAAAGGCUUCUAA